AUGCUGUGCUCCAGCUGUGGGCCGUGGCACGACUGCAGAAAUCCCGUCGAUGACGAGGAGAGGCAUAUGCACAUGUCGCUUUGUAAGUACGGACCAACCGCGGAUCGGAGAGACGCCGCCCGUGUUUGCCGCCGGCCUAGGACUUUCAUCUAUGGGCAUGUCGGUCGAUUGGACCUUCCCGCACAAGGCGAGGGGGCCAAGGACUUCACCUACGUCAGCGGCCUUGCCGUCCGAUCCAGCCAGGGUACUUACGACUUCCGCGACGGCGACGGCAUCGUCCCCCUGCUCCUGCGGCCACUGGGGCGUCCUGGUGGCUGCAGCGCCACAGCGGCAGCUGUCUUGGCUGGGGAGGUGCUUUCCCGCCUGGAGGGGUUUGACUUCAGAGGUGUGCCGGCCCACGCCCAGAUCGCCGACAGGGUGGGCGCCAUGCUGAAACGGCUCCUGAGUGGCGAAACGGCCCUCUCACUUCUGGCCUCAUUGAAUCCGAAGCAGCCGCUCUUCUUGGAGGAUCAGAGACACCUCGCCGAAGCCAUUCUGCAGGAGGUGGAAGCUGCAGAGGCGAUCGACGUGCACACGCAUCUGUUCUCUGCCAGCCAUGGGGAGACGCUCAUGGAGUAUGGCAUUGACGCGAUGCUGACGUACCAUUACCUCGUGUCUGAGUAUCUCGCCUCCAGCAGCGAGUCGCCGAAGGAGUUUUACGCCCUGAGCCGGACCGAGCAGGCAGGCCGCGUGUGGGAGGGGCUUUUCGUGAACUCGACCCCCUUGUCCGAGCCCUGUCGUGGCGUGCUUACCACGUUGUCAGCGCUGGGUCUCAAGGAGGAAGUCGCCGGCCGCGACCUGGCGGCCAUCCGACGAUGGUAUGCCGGCCAGGAUGCCGAGAUGUUCAACGAGAAGAUGAUGCGACUGGCAAGGCUACGCUACAUCGUUACCAGCCACGACCCCUUCGAGAGCGACCAGCUCCAGCAUUGCCUCACGCCUCCCACCUGCCCACCGCGCUAUCGGAGCGCCUUGGCCUUGGACAAGCUCCUGGAGGGGGAUUGGCCGGAGGUCUGCCGCACGCUGAAAGGUUUGGGGAGGCCAUCGACACUGGGCGCCGCGACCGAGCUGGCGCGAGAGUGCGUCCGAGCCAUUCAGCCUGUGUUCAUCACAGCGGCGACUCCAGAUGGCUUCUCAUACGCUCGAGAUUGCGUGCCGGAUGGGCUCCUUGAAGACAACUUGAGCUCGGCCUCUGCACCCAGCCCACAGCAGGUGCUGGACGCCGUGAUUCUGCCUCUUUGCAGAGAGUUCGAUGUGCCGCUGUCCUUGCGCAUGGGCACGCGCCGGGCUGUGUCUCCCUCGCUUGGCUUGGCAGGCGAUGGGGUCGGCUCAGCCGAGCUUCGAUCGCUAGGACACCUCUGCGAGGCCAACCAGGAUGUGAAAUUCCUGUUCACGGUCCUCAGCCGCACAGACCAGCAUGAGGCGGCAGUGUUGGCAACAAAGUUCCGCAACCUCCACUUGUGGGGAUGCUGGUGGUACUGCAACCAGCCGUCCGUCGUCUCAGAGGUGACGAGCCUUCGCUUGGAGAUGCUUGGCACGAAGUUCACGUUUCAGGCAAGCUCUGCCCGUGUGCAUGACCAGCUCAUUUACAAGUGGAUCCACGCGCGAUCCAUGCUGUCCAAGCUGCUUGUGAGCAAGUACACUGAGCUUAUGGCAACUGGUUAUCGCGUCAGUCGUGGUGACUUGCGCCGUGAUGUCGGACGACUCCUUGGUGGCUCCUUCGAGGAGUUCCUCCAGAAGAAGCUCUAG